AAGUGUUGUUGCUUUUGGCGGAAAUCAGGCGGGCAUUUGAAAACAAGCUAGCCGCUAACUGUAAGUUGUUGUUAGUAUGAACGCUGGCUUAAAUUGAAAAAGAAGGGAAAUUUUACUCUUGACAAAACAACGGGCGAAAACAACACAAACAUCUGAUACUAAUCAUACUUAAGGUCCAGUGCCAAAAAAAAAUCGAAACCAGUCCGUCGAUCUGAGCAGGGUCUGAGACCAAGAAGGGAAAGCGACCGUCUGCGAGUAAAAACAAGGAUAAACAUAUCUUGUAGCUUCACAAGAUGGAGAAAGUUAAAAGAAGAAAAGAAUCUGCGAAAUGAUGGAGACGUCGCGACUUAUCUCUUGAACUUGAACUACUUUUUCCUCCGCGCCGGAGUGAAACCCAACAAGAGGACUGCAGUAAAGUUGGACUGAAACUGACUGUCGCUGUUAAGUGUGGAUGCGUGACUUGUUAACGAAAUUAUCAGUGUCUUCUAAACGUUCAUUACAGAUUUUACUUGUUGCUGCAUGCUUCCAGGAAAUACAUGAUGAUUUUGUUGUUGUUUUAACGUGCAUUAUAUGUGGAUUAAUAAUUGAAGUAGCGUUGCAUAGAGGCUAAAAAACCGGAGUUACUCCAAUCAAACACAAAUGUUUUAAAGAUUUUAUAAAAAUAUGUGCCUGUUUAACAUGAGCUCAUAGAAUAGACAAUGGACAUUUACAAAAGAAUAUUAUUUCAGAGGUAUUUAGUUAUAAUUACCAUAUCAUGUAACUUGCAAAGUUGGAAUGAUGGCUGUUACAGUAGGUGAUUAACUGUUCUUAUCUUUAGGUAUGUGACCAAUGUCGUAUGAAAGCACCGGUUUCGGUUCAGUGGUUUAUAGAGCUGUCUUGCAGGUCGGAGAAGACCAGUUUGGUGUGGAAAUUCUGAGUGUUCUCAUACCAUAUUAAUGCUAUUACUGUCAGAACAAGUGAAAGAGAAACUGAAAACAAAGAACAUAAAAGUGUAAUGAAGAUAUAGGUGAAUCAGUGUGAAUCAAAAUUCAGUAUUUCAAGAAAGAAACACUACAAACAGAACAAAAACAAUGUGUAAGCCUUUGAAGAAACAAGUGUGGGACAUCUCUCCUAAGUUAUCUGUUGAAUGAAUCCUGUUACAGGAGCUUCAGUAAACACAGUCAUAAAUCCCUCCAACACUUUAGGUAACAGUGUAGACCUUCACUCACCCACACUUACUACACAGUAUGUGUUCUUGCACAGGGGCUUGUAGUCAAAAUAUUUAAACUGGUAUUUUUCAAGACUCGAAAGUAUCAAAUUCAGAGGGAAUAAAAAAAGGCCAGCUUAAACUCCAGCAAAUUAAACCAUGUGGAUUUAGAUAUGUGUACAUAUAUGGGCUUUCCAUGUCCUUUAACUGUCCUGCCACACAAAACCUAUGAACAGCAACAAAAAAGAAAUACCACUAAACAUAAGUUCCCUCAUAACACUGAAAAGGAAAGACUUAAAAAUUAAAAACUAUGCAAGAGGAAAUAUUUUGUCAUCUAAUCCAUUGGAGGCACCUCUGCCCUGUAUUAAUAAUUCCAGGCUGCCACCUGUUGGACAAACUCAGAUCAUACAGACUUCAGCAGAUAUUCUUCUCCAGUGAAAACACACAGAAAAGCAGAUCAAAAAAUGUUUCUGUAGUAUUAUUGUUCUAAUAUUUUACAGAUAUUGGAAUUAAACAAAUUAGUAUACAAAAGUAAAACACAAAGUUUGAAUUUACUGUAAGCAUGUUUCACAGCUUUGUAGUAGUUUUAGUGUAAUAUUUCAAACAUAUAUACAGAAUAUAUGGAGAAAAACAUGUUCAUGUGACAUUUUUGGACUCUCUUAAAAUUAGCCCACCCUCUUCAUCCUCUUCUACCUUUUGUCUUUCUUCUUUAAAGUCUGCAGUUUGUUUAUUAACUUUCUAAAAUUUGGUACUGUUUGUGGCUUUAAUGGAUGUAAAAAUUGUGUUUUGUCAGUGAAGGUAACACGAUACAAUUAAACAGCACUUAAAUUUCCUAAACUACAUCAUAACCCUCAUGACGGUAGGACUUAUUGCAGGACUGUUGUAUUAGACAGCAUUUGUUUCAGCUUGGUGUACCUAAUAGUAAAAUGAUUGCUCACUACUCUGUUCAUUCUGAGAUGCACAAAAAUGAAUCUUCAUUCCUCUAUACAGUGAAAUUGUUGCUUUAUCCACCUCGUCUUAGUGCCAAAGUGACUUUUCUUGUGUUGUGGAUGUCGGCUGAUUUGGAGUAAAUAUUUUAUUUAGCUAAACUUGACUUCCAACCAUGGAGGAAAAUCAUGGCAAGCACGAGCUGCUAUUAGCUCUCACGUGCAUCCCAUUGACAUAUAUUAAUAUAAUAUAAUAAUUCCUCUUAAUAAUUCUUAAAGUAUCACUUCCACUGUGCAGAGUGCAUAAUACAAGAAAUUCUUUCUACGCGGUUUCAAAUUGUCAAGAUCUUUCAACCACAUUAUGAGCAGAUGGAUGUCGGUUGUCAUGGAGACCGUUCAGUUAUCACGUGACCAACGCCCCUCGGCUUUUCCCUGUGUGUGUAUAAAAUCCCAGACUACUGCUUUUCCCAUAAUGCAAAGCGACAACCUUUUACGCUCUUGUGUUUACGAUUGGUGGUCACGUUCACCAAUUGCCGGAGCAGACUUCACUGCACUACAGAUAACUCAGUAAUGGUGGCACUCAUCAGUUUAUAAUUCAUCGUUUCUUUGACACUGGUUUAUAUUUUGUUUGUGUAACGAUGCCGGGGAUGUGCUCCGUGCCGGGCUGUAAGGGCUACAAGAAGGCGAGGUCACGGGGAGUCGUGUUCCACUCUCUGCCCACAAGAGACCCGGAGAGAUGCAGAAAGUGGUUAAAGGCCAUACAGAACCCCAAAUUUGACGAAAAUACACCAGUGAGUAAAUACGGCAAUAUAAGGGUCUGUAGUCAGCAUUUUAAACCGGAAGAUUAUGAACCUGACAUUCAAGCAGAGCUUAUGAAAACAACACCCCGAAAAAUCCUCAAGUCCAACGUAAUUCCAUCUGUUUUCUAUGGAAGACAGCGAGAGGACCUCAGCAUUUCUUUGCUAGCAGCUGACAGCAGCCGAACAGAGGCGACGUCUCCCAGUACAGCAGCUCACGCCUCUACCUCAGUGGUUUCAGGUUCCAGCGUGGACAGAGUGUUGCUUUGGCCCUCUGUGUUAACCUCGAUUGCCUCAGGAGGAGCUGCAGAUAUCUCGUCUCAGUCCCCUCCACCAGCUGAACUCAGUGAAGUCGUGUGCAGUGUUGCAUCUGAAACGUUUCUGAGUGAGAGCUUCCACCAAGAGGCUGAAUUAAGCUUAACAGCAACAUCACAGUCAGAUGAGAUCAAAGACAAGGAACGGAGUCAGUCAAAGACUAUUGUGAAUGACAGCUGCUUGAUGGAGCUGUUUAAGAAGUGUCAGACAUGUGGACAGCCUAUAAGCAAGAAGAAAGUCUCUCACUGUGGUGCACAGAAGAAGGUGAGGUGGAGCUGCCUUGGUGGACACAGAGGCGUGUGGAUGUCAUCACCUCACCUUUGGGACGCGUUUCCUGAAAUUCACCUUCUUAUGGCUCUUUCUGUCCUGUUUUCUGGAGGCGCCUUUACACACUUUAAAAAGUGGGCCAAACAUCUGCACCUAAAUUUCUUGGGACAUAAAACUUUUUUUGAAAUUCAAAAGGCAUACCUCAACACAGAAAUGAAACAGAUGGACAGGAAUGAGCAGGAAGGAGUCUUUGCUGAAAAGGUCCACCAAAAGCCAGAGCGGAUGCGUCUUCACAUUUCAGAUCCUCUGAAGAAAAAUAAGCGGAAGUCAAGGAGGGGGGAGAAGGAGGUUCUGUCGUUUUUGUCAAGUUGCGAAAAGAGAUCCUUGGUAUCUCUGACAUCUACUGGAACAUGUGUGCAAGAGUCUACUGCAUUAUCAGGUGUUGGACAUGUAUCAGUCUCUGAAAGAGGAAACCAGUGCAAGCAAGUUGAUGCUCAACAUCAGAGUCAAAGUGAACACAUGGUAUCAGAGGUGGCCUGGCUUCAGGACAGUUUUGAGGAGAUGGAGGUCACCAUUGAUGAAGACAAUGUGAAGAACAGACUAUCUGACUUGGAUACUGAUGUAGAAAAUGCCAAAACAAUGGAGCUGAGUUCUCCAGAAGCUGAUGACAGCUGUGAUGAAGACAUCUACGUACCAGUCAUUCCUCAGAGGUCCACAAAAUCUGAACUUUUACUGGAAUGUGAAGAAGAGGAGCUGGAGCCAUGGCAGAAACAAACCUCACAUGUUCCCUUGAAAGAUGAUGGAGAGUUUAGUAAUGAUCAAACAGACUGGAAGCUUUCUCUUCUCCAGAGAAAUGCAGUGAGUUCUUCACCGCCUGGCCUUCAAACAGAAAUGCCACAGCCUGUUGUUUUCAGCAACCAGGGCUUUAUUGUGGCUUCUUCCCAGUCAACAAGGAACACUGAGUUGAUUGGCUCUCUUGGAAUACGGUGUGAUGCUGAUGAUUCAUUUACAAUAGUACCAGGUGCUCAACAGCCAUUUUUCCAGAAACUGUCUACACUGACAGUAAAACCAGGGGCUUGUGAUCAAAUCAGCAGCAAGCCUGUGUCCUUAUCCAGUGUCCAGAGUCCUGCGGUACAUGCAGCUUCAUCUAACCGACUGGAGUCAGACCAGUCCAACCCACAGACACUUCCUGUACCUUUUUCUCUUCCUUGCUUUACUGUACUUGAACUUGAAUCAAGUGGCACUUCAAACAAACAGUAAUUUAUUGUACCAAGAGAACACACUCUUAACGGUUAUUAUUGGUAAGUUCACAAGUUGUUGUUUACAUGCAGUUUGCCUGUCAGUUACAUUGCACUUCAGAGGUAUGGGUUUUAUUGCAAUAUUGUGUUCAGUAAAAUAAAUUCUUAAAGCAAAAAUC